CAUCGAUCAUGGAACUGAAAUUGAGUUUAAAGUCAGGGUUCAGAUGCUAGCCGGUGAAUAUCGAUAUUAAAUCAAAAUGGAAAAACAUAGAGUUGUGCCUGAUGUAGUGCCAGUUUUGCCAGCUCAAGUACUCAAAAUUUCUUACCCGAGUGGAGUCAGCGUCAAUCUUGGAAAUGAAUUGACUCCAACCCAAGUACAAAACGAACCCACCCUUACCUGGGACGCUGAGCCAAGCUCUUAUUACACACUGGUCUUCACAGAUCCCGACAACAGACACCGUGACGAACCCUACUACGAAUGGCACCACUGGCUUGUCGGCAACAUUCCCGGUAGGAACGUAGCCCAAGGUGAGGUUUUGUCUGCUUUUAUCGGUUCCGGACCACCACAAGGUACCGGAAUCCACAGAUACGUUUUUAUGGUCUACAAGCAGCCUGGAAAAAUUCAAUUCGAUGAACCUCGCCUUAAAAGGGCUGUUGAUGGGCGUGGAAACUUCUUCCUCACCAAAUUCGCCGAAAAGUACAACUUGGGACAACCAGUGGCCGGCAACUUCUAUUUGGCUCAGUUCGAUGACUACGUACCCCAACUCUACAAAGAACUUGGUGCCUAACUUAAGUAAAUACUUCUGUAUUUUAUUAUCUUAUUUUAAUAAAAACCAUAUGACCUAAAAUACAUACCUACUUAA